AUGCUGUCGGGCACCGAGGCGGAAUGCGAGGACGCGGAGCUGCGGUGCCGCGUGACGGUGGAGGAGCUGAGCCCUGGCGGGCAGCCACGAAAGCGCCAGGCGCUGCGCUCGGCCGAGCUGAGCCUGGGUCGCAACGAACGCCGCGAGCUGUUGCUGCGGCUGCAGCCCCCGGGACCCUCGGAGCCCGCGCGCUGCUUCCCCCUGCGCGCCGCGCGCCUCUUCACGCGCUUCGCGGCCACCGGGCGCAGCGCGCUGCGGGUCCCCGGGCCGGGCGCGCCCCCACGCGGCUCCGUGCAGCUGCUGCUCUCCGACUGUCCCCCCGAACGCCUGCGCCGCUUCCUGCGCACGCUGCGCCUCAAACUGGCCGCUGCCCCCGGCCCCGCGCCCGGCUCCUCCCGCUCGCAGCUGCUCGACCCGCGACCCCGCGACUUCGUCACCAUCAGCCCGGUGCAGCCCGAGGAGCUGCGGCGCGCGGCGGCCGCCCGGGGCCCGGACUCGGCACGGGGGAAAGCGACCACCACGGAGACCCCCUCGGGGUCGGAUCCCAGCACGAAAUCCCCUAGGUGGCCCCUGCCGGCGAGGAAGUUGAGUCUGCCCCCCUGCAAAUCCAGGCUUUCUGAGGAGCAAGCUGCUGUGUUAAGAGCUGUCCUGCAAGGCCAGAGUGUCUUCUUCACCGGAAGUGCAGGUACAGGCAAGUCUUACCUGCUGAAGCGCAUCCUGGGCUCGCUGCCCCCCACGGGCACUGUGGCCACUGCCAGUACUGGUGUGGCUGCCUGCCACAUUGGGGGCACCACCCUCCAUGCCUUUGCAGGCAUCGGCUCAGGCCGGGCACCACUGGCCCAGUGUGUGGCGCUGGCCCAGCGCCCAGGGGUGCGGCAGGCCUGGCUGAGCUGCCAGCGGCUGGUUAUCGACGAGAUCUCCAUGGUGGAGGCUGAGCUGUUUGACAAGCUGGAGGCCGUGGCCAGGGUGGUCCGACAGCAGGACAAGCCGUUCGGGGGCAUCCAGCUCAUCAUCUGUGGGGACUUCCUGCAGCUGCCACCUGUAACCAAAGGCUCCCAGCCCCCUCAGUUCUGCUUUCAGGCCAAGAGCUGGAGGAGAUGUAUCUCAGUGACCCUGGAACUGACCGAAGUAUGGAGGCAGGCCGACCAGACCUUCAUCUCUCUCCUACAGGCUGUGAGGCUAGGCAGAUGCUCCGAAGAGGUGACACGCCAGCUCCAGGCCACUGCGGCCCACAAAGUAGGACGUGAUGGAAUCAUGGCCACGCGGCUCUGCACACACCAGGACGAUGUGGCUCUCACCAAUGAGAAGCGGCUUCAGGAGCUGCCAGGUGAGCUACACUGCUUCGAGGCCAUGGACAGUGACCCAGAGUACGCCCGCACCUUGGAUGCACAGUGUCCUGCCAGUCGUCUGCUCCAGCUGAAGCAGGGGGCCCAGGUGAUGCUCGUGAAGAACCUAGCGGUGUCUCGAGGUCUGGUGAACGGAGCGCGCGGCGUGGUCAUUGGCUUCGAGACCGAGGGCAGAGGGCUGCCCCGGGUGCGGUUCCUGUGUGGGGUCACCGAGGUCAUCCGUGCUGAGUGCUGGACCGUGCAGAGCUCCUCGGGCCAGCCCCUCCGACGGCAGCAGCUGCCGCUCCUGCUGGCCUGGGCCAUUUCCAUCCACAAGAGCCAGGGCAUGUCCCUGGACUGCGUGGAGAUCUCUCUGGGCCGGGUGUUUGCUGGUGGCCAGGCCUAUGUGGCCCUCUCCCGGGCCCGGAGCCUGCAAGGCUUGCGCGUGCUGGACUUCGACCCCACGGUUGUUCGCUGUGACCCGCGGGCCCUGCGCUUCUAUACUGCCCUGCGGCGGGCCAGGGGCCUGAGCCUGGAGUCCCCAGAUGAUGAGGAGGAAGCGUCCGACCAAGAGAACGUGCCCCCAAACUGCACCUCUGACUGCAGAGAGAAGACAAAGGGAGAGUCGUGAUCUCCGCUUCUCCUAACUGCUGUGUCCCCUCAUCAGGGCCAG